ACACGGUGAUUUAUUAUUUAUAUAAAAUUAUAAUAAUAUAUAAUAAUGGGCGAUAUAUGUGAUUUCAUAACAUGGCCUAAACAUCAAAAUAUAUAUUACAAAGUUACUAGCGAAUCGUUGCUGUUCAGCAUUAAAGGAGAAAGAAAUGCCGCUAUCGGUCUAGCAAGAGAGCCUGGUAAAUGUUCUUACUGGAUCCUGAUUGGAUAUGACCAGCAGUGUUGGAUCAAAACAUACAACAGAAGAACCUGUUGCAGUGUACAUACAAGAAACAUAUUGUCUGCAGCUAAAUACAAAACAUUUUGGCUUUCUUGGAGGAAUGGGAAAAUAGCUUUUGGAAGAGUUAAUAGUGUGAUACCAAUACUUGAAAGAGAAACUGCUGUACCUAAUUUACAAUAUGUCACAUUUUCUGUCCUUGAUGCAAAUAACCCUCUAUAUUGGAAAUGUCAAUUGGCACCACCAAUUGCAAAACCACAGCUACUGAGGUUGACAGGUGGGGAACCACACUGGGUCAAAGCCCACGACCAACUUCCUGAUGAUGCUAUGAUAGGUGGAUAUGAAACAGGAGUUUUAUAUAUCAUAAGGGCACAUCAUAUGGGAUCAUUGACACCUGGAAAAUUUGUACUAGAACUCGGAUUGGGAUUUGUGCCUUGGGGUGGUGGAAUGCAUGAAAAAAAUGAAUUUGAGGUGCUUUGUGGAUACAAUUGUACAUGGAUAAGAACAAUAAGAAACGAAAUACCAGUCGGAGCUGUUGAAGGUGGAUAUUCAGAAGAUGGACAUGAAAUUCUUUAUGUUGGUCGAGCUCUAUGUGAUGGUCACCUUAUCCCAGGAAAAGAUCUG